AUGUGGUCUACAUUGCCUGCGUGGUUAGUUGCGGUCUGCGUAUGCGCUUGCGCAGCGCAGCGCAUUGACCAGGAGCCCGUUUUAUCGCCACGCCAGUCUCGAAUCCGGGACCGUGACGCGAAGCCUGAUGAACCUACUUGCGAUCAGCUUAAAGCUAUGUGGAGGUUCUCCAAGAGACAAGCACGUGCUCCCGAGAUCAUGAAUGAAGUGAAUUCGUACCGCGACCCCCUUCUCUACAACGAGUGGCCUGUCUACACGGCUGUGCCCCGGGCCGCUCCAAGAUUCCGAUAUCAAUACCCAGCUAUGCCUCGUGAAGCCUACGGACGCGUUAUCACAAAGGCGCCGCCCAACGUUGUACGCACACCUGAUUACGGAGAGAUGUUCGGUAUGCUGAACGUACCCCAUACCUCUGGUAAGAUUCUCCGGUACCCUGGACCUUCCAGACCUCGCGGAGGAUCUACUUUCAUGGUACCCCCGCAGAGGGAUAGAUUCGAAGCUCUAAAGAAAUUGAUAAGGCAGGAGCACAUCCGCGAAUUACAGAGGAAAUACGAAACGGAACAAAAGCAGGAGUUGAAGGAAAUUGCUGCUGGCAGGGGAAAUGAAGAUUAUCCGUACGGCGCAUAUGGUGAACAGGAACCACGCGGGCUUCAGGCAAUUGAGUACGCCUCGGAUGACCCAACUGCUAGGCACAAUAAGAAACCGCCAGCCGGCAGCCGUCAGGUGUCCCAGUUCUCUCGUUACUCCGACGUGAUGCUGCCCCCGGUGCGACGUACCGUCUACCCGUACAUGGAGUACGCUGUCCCCGACUUCAUCCCCUACUACUGA